AUACAUUUGAGGAAGGAAAUAACACUGCAAAAAUAUAUUUUUUUUCCUUUCUUUUUUCUUCUAUCAGAUCAAUUUGGUAUAAUACAUUUGAUUGUCCUUAACCUAUACAGGCUUUGGCAUCACAUUGAGUUGAGUCACCAAACAAUCAGGGUAAUUUGGGACUAUCCCAUUUAAUUGUCCUAACUUGAUCUUGUGACCAAAGAGACUUCAGUCAUUAAUUUACUUAGCCCAAAGGACAUUGAAGAGAGGCAUCCUGCUUGAUGCACAGCAGUGUCCUAGACCAGCAUUGUGAAACUGAGAAACAAAAACACCUUUGAAGAAUCUGAGGAUCUCCUAUUGUGGUGGAAAUAGGUCAUCUACAUUGAAAGUGUUAGCAACUACCUUAAAAGUCCAAGAAGGGCCAUGGAGGACAUAAGCAGCUGCAACACUGGCCGGGAGCGCUUGGGAAUACGCUUCACUAUAGACUACCUGCUGUACAACAAGGACAGUAAGAGCAUGAAAGAGGAGCCAAAGAGUCCCCAAGCAGAGCAGACCCCUCAUAGCCCAGUGGAGGAGCAGAGUCCUGACACCCUCUCAGAGAGGGAAAGUAUUGAACUUGGGAGCCCUGAGAAGGGGCCAGAAGGAGAAGAGGGGUCAGAGGAGGAGGAUGAAGAGAAGGAGGAGGUCAAAGUGGAAGAAGAUCAAGAGGCGACCACUACAGACAGCCCACGGGACAAGCCCACCCAGUCCUACAUUGCCCUUAUCUCUAUGGCCAUACUUGCUUCAGAGGAGAAGAAGCUGUUGCUGUGUGACAUCUAUCAUUGGAUUAUGGAUAACUACCCCUACUUCAAGAGCAAGGAUAAGAACUGGAGGAACAGCGUCAGACACAACCUGUCCCUGAACGAAUGCUUUGUGAAGGCUGGUCGGAGUGACAAUGGUAAAGGCCAUUUCUGGGCCAUCCACCCCGUUAACUUCCAAGACUUCUCCAAUGGGGACUACCAUCGCCGCCGGGCUCGCCGCAGGAUCCGCAGGGUGACAGGACAGCUCCCGUUUGCCCUGCACGCAACCUAUUACCCCCUCCACAGGCCCAGGGCGGUGCCGUGCUGGUGCUGCCCCCCAACCCACCCUCUCUCCCUGGCCCACCCUCUGUCCUGCCUCUCAGCCAGGAUGUAUUGGAGCUGGGCCAGCCUGUAUGCCAGACGACACCCAUCCCUCCACGCUCCGGUUCAAUAGCACCACAUAGAAUUGGAUGCAUGUUUGAUGUUGGCCUGCUCUUUGUAUGACAGGUGGCUGAGAGAGAUGUAUUGAGUAUGAUUGUGAAAUCUGUGGCUGGCUGGCACAAAUAAGAGUACCAAAGUACGAUAUUGCACUAUUUAUUGUUUGAAAUGUGAUACCAGAUUUGUACUGUAAUAUUAUGUAUAUUGUAUUUGAUGAGUACUGUAUAUGAAGGAAUGGAAUUGUAAAUAUAUUGAUGAACAUAUUGCAUUAUUUUAUAUAUCUUCCACAAUUUCAAAUAAAUAAA